GGCCAAAUCGGAGCGGUUCAGAUGGUACCAAAUUCAUCAGUGGAGGAGACCCGCAACAUCAGUCAUUUGAAAACCUCAGGAGCUGGUCAGAUGUCCGUGCUCACGCAUUCCUUGGCCGGAAUGGACUUGGGUAGUGGCUUGAGUGCCACUGAGAACGAGUCACAAGUGAACUCCGGCCCCAGUCAUUUACAACCAGUCACACCGAACUCUACUCUGAUGACACUAGCAUCUUUGAUCUCCAUGAAUCCUGCAUUGGCUUCCUUAUCACUACCUUACACAGGUCAAAAUAUGGGAAAUACCACAGGUUCCGAUUUCGCUUCUACAGCCUCUGCCAUUUCCCCCGGCUUCUUAGCUGCAUUAGCUCAGUAUUUGAAUGUACAGCCACAUGUCUCGGGACAUCAAUCCGUCUCUCCAAUGCAACAGCUCGCAGAGACUGCUCAAUUGGCUGCACAAUUGGCAGCCAUGGUUGGUGCGCACAGUCCCGAUCAAACUCCGAUGCAGCCAGCUCAGGCUUUAGCCUUGGCUCAACUGGUUAUGUCUCAGGCCACCUCUCUCUCGGAACAGUCAUGGGCUUCCUUGUCCAAACGCGAUGCUACUACUGCUGAACACACCCCAGAUUCCAGUGUUGUGGACUCGGUAAACCGGCGGGUAGAGAAGAAUACAUCCGACGAACUCUCACGCAAUCGCGGGCAUAUUGUACAGGAUUCGGUUGGUGUGGGGGCUACGGGUGAUGAUUCGCGUUCGGAAAUCCAGUCAGUUUGGUCUGCCGGAUUCGGCACGAAUAAUGCUGGCAGUGUUGUUUCUCCACGAGCUGCGGACGGACGUGCCGUCACUAAAGGCAUUUCAGAUGCUCAGAUGAAUUGUGAUGCUGAUCGGACUCGUGAUUGUACAGUUCGCACCAGCGGCUCUACUGUUGCCGCCUUUUCUACUCCUAGAUCACAGGCGAAAGGUCAGUCAAAGGCAGCUACACAGCGACCCACAGCCAACCUUUCAUCCGGCAAGUGCCAAAAUGGGCUCAUACCCGGCUCAACUCGAGACGUCCAUGCUACUACUGGCGUGCCGGAGGGAUCAAAUUCCAUACCGUCUACUAUGAACACAAACACACCUAAUGCAAAUUGGCGUUGGCCAGCGGGAUCGACUUUGCCAGAUAGUAUGAAGAAAACUGACCAACUUGGGGCUGUUGAUCGAGAUCCAGGCCAAAAAUCUAGUCCUUCCGCGAAACAACUCGCUAACCAAUGGGUGAACAAAGUCAAGCAAACACCGGUCAAAUCAAAUGCAGCGGUAAGCGCACGGGGUGCCAGCGGUAACGGUGAUACUCGUAUCAACACAUCGUCCCAGCAAUCCAGUGGCAAAGGAGUGAACAAGGUUAUUGCCAGUCAGGCUAAACCCGCUGCACAGACCUCCCCGGCAAAUGGCAACAUUCGAUCUCCUCUGAAAUCUUCGGGAACCACACCGACAAAUCCUAACAAGUCGGUGCAUGUAGUAAGCACAACUGCUUCUCCUCAGCUCUCGGUUUCUUAUCAAGCCACAACGAUCGCUCUGGAUCCAGAUCGCACGGCAGAGCACGAACUAGAACAGUUGAUCCAGUGGUGCCAAACACGGCUGAGUUCAUUUCCUAUGCGCGAGAAAGUGGACAUUCCUACAGUUGUUGAAUUGCUGGCCACCCUGGAUGCACCGUACGAGGUUGAGCGUAUGGUCCAAACAUUCCUUGGUGAAUCAGCCCGUACCAGUCAGUUUGUGAAGGAUUUCCUCGAUCAUCGCCGGCCAUUCUGGCAGUUGCAUCGGGAACGGCGUGAGCGAGAGAGUCAGGUGAAAUCGAGUUCCAAAUCACAAUCGGGAAGCAGUCAUGUACAAUCCAACGGACCGCGAUCGGGAGAUAAAAAGAAGCGGACGACGCAUGCCCAAGAUAACACUGGUCGAAUUACCUCAACCUCCGGUUGUAACGGUGGUCUUGCCUGGCAUAUGGUGGGCAGUUCGAACCAGGGCAAUCACACAGAUCCAACACAGGAUAACGAGGUCAGUUCCUGA